AUGGCGGCAUCACUGUUCACCUUCUCCUCCACUUCAAGAAGAGUCGUUCCAGCUCCAAACUCUCCUCCUCUUCCCAUAUACAUCAAAGCCACCAACGUAGUUUUCAACCCUGAUAUUCCAGAUGUUCAUCGAGGUCUUGGACUUGAUGAUUUUGUUAAUUUCUUAGUCUCCUGCCGACUCCGAUACGCAAUCAGUGACAUUCCAUCAGAGUUCUUUCCCGAACAAGUCUGUGAUUUCUACUACACUGCAACAAUUAAUGAUGCAAACAACGUCAUCUCCGGGACUAUUGGUCGUGGAAGGCACUCAGUCUUUAUUACCACUGACCUCCUCAGUGCUGCGCUCAGGUUACCAAUCUUUGAACCCUUCUCUGAGCUUCCACCUAUUGAACGUUGUCAACGUCUCUUUGAUCAACUGGGAUAUGAUCACUCAAAGGAUGGUACUCGAUCAGCUCUCAUUCUGCAUCAAUGUAUGACUCCAGGAUGGAAGUUCUUCACCAGUGCUCUGUGCAAAUGUGUGGGUCACAAAUCUCGCAGUGGAGCUGAUGUUAAUAACGAUGAUCAUGCUGAUCAAGAAGCUGAAUCACAGGAUGGUGGUCAUCUCUCCCCUCAACUUUCUCAUCAUACUCUUUCUAUCGUUGAGAGAGUUCACUCAGCUCAAAGGGAGCAACCAUUUCAGGGGGAGCAACCAUCUCAGGGGGAGCAACCAUCCCAGGGGGAGCACCCUUCCCAGGGGGAGCAACCUUCUCCGGGGGAGCAACCUUUCUCCCAACAAGUUCUAGGGAGUUCUUUUGCCAACUCCUUCCCUGGCCCCACAACUGAUGAUGAUCAAAAGGGGGAGAAACUGAUUGAUGAUGAUGAUGAUCCAAAAGAGGGAGACACUGAAUCUGUUGAGCUCGGAUCUGAGGAUAACACCUUAAACCAGACUGAGCCACCACAGCCUGUGCAUAAGUCUGAUAGACCAGUUGCUGAGGAGCCUGAUAGACAGCAGAUACUGAAAAGCUUGCUGAAGAUACUCAAGGAGAAGCCUCAGAGGAUAAUGAAGAUGAACAUGAUGAUGAAUGUCAAAUGCUAG